CUUGAUUAGAAGCAACCCAUCAAAGUCUUAAAUCUUCUCUGGUGAAAGUUGCGGAAAGGUAAUGCUCUCCCGAUGGAGUACACGGUCGACAUGAGCUGUGAGAUGAAAAUGCACAGAGGAUGCAAAGUUUGUGAUCAAAAAGUCAGUGAAGUCCUGCAUUGUCUCCAUGGGCUUUAUUCGGUGGACUUCUUGGGAGACGACGGUACCGUGAAGCUCAAGGGAAGAGUAAACCCUAACGUGAUGCUCACGGUACUUGAGCGUUACCGCGAGCACGGCAGAGUCAAAAACCUCCGUUUCGAAGGGGAAGUCAUCGCAGUCGGAGGCGGGGGGUACUGCAACUGUCAGACCGGCUACUACCAUCCGUACGGUCCUCCUCCGGUGUCUAUGGCCGGAAAUUACUACACGUACCCUCCUCCUCAUCCGGGGCGGUGGAGGGUGAGUCAGCACACAGCUCCGCCUCUCCCCACGCUGCCUCCGCCUCCGCCUCGGCCGUUCCACAGUUACCUUAACAUGGAGACCCAGGGUUGGUAUGGGAUAUGAUAUAUUUCCUGCAUCUCUGUAAUUAGCAGGGACAUCCUUCUUUCUUCCUUUUUUUUUGGGUCAAAAGGGGAGUUGGAGGAUGACUCGAAGCUUCUCAUGAUUUACUUUUCUCUAUGCAAUGUUUUUGUUAUAUCUAUUCGCUGUUUUCUUG